AUUGCUAGCAACGAAGCCCAUAGUUACAUUUUGUUCCAUUUGGUAGAAAAAUGUAAACACCCAAUGGCCAAGCGGACGUUGCCAAGGCGACGAUUUUGGACAGAAAUUCACAAACAUUUCAACUUGAACGUCCAGCGUGAAUUGUAUCAUGGCCGAGUUGCAUGUGAUAGGAACAAUUACAUCAGCAAGGAACUUCAAACAGAGUCGAUUGUUUUGCAAAUGGAACUUUUCAACCGGCAACGGAUGGAAAUUAAUCAACGGCAAUAACGAAGGACAAUCUCAGGAGUGUUGCGAUUUAUUCAGUCACGAGCCAGUGUGGGAUCAUCCGGUAGACUUACAUUUUGCCACACAAACUCUGCAGGGCUCGCCAAAACUGUUGCUGCAAACAUUCUGCCGAGACGAAUUCAAUCGAAUUUUAUUUCUGUCGUACGGUACAUGCAGUGUUCCAUUGAAACCGGGAUUCCAUUCGAUCGAGUGUCACACUUGGAAACCAAUUGGUGAUUGGCAAGACAGAUUGAAAGAUAAAUUUUUAGGAACAACGUUGCAACUUAAAUCUCCAGAUGUUUUAGUAAAUGCUGACGAUCGAUUCGAACUUUUAACGGAGAGCAUGGGCACUGUUCAAAUCGAUCUUUAUAUAAUUUGCCGAAACUUUGAUAAAUUCGAAAAACGAAGAAUUAAUUCUACUCACUUGUCAUUAGCAAUGAAGCAUUUAAUAAUCUUUUUUAACAUCGUAUUACUACUGUCACCUGCCUAUGGAAUAGACGAAGUAGAGGAUUUUAUUGAAAAUUGUGUAAAUAGCUCAUCAUGCGAAAAUUUCACCUCCACGGUAGCUCCAGAAAAUCGUGACGAUACGGAAGAUGAUGAAAUAAACAUUAAAGAAUUAGCCACUAAUCUGUUCAAACCUAAAGAAAAUGUUAAAACUACUACUCAGAAAACGAUUCAGAAAAAUACCGAUAAAGAUUCGGAUAAAAAAAACGAUAAAGAUCCUUUUCAAGAUGAAAGGGUUCUGAAAGACUCUUCGAAUAAUAAAUAUUGCAGUUGUGAUAUAACAAUCAACGUUUGCGACGUAAAUUGUUGCUGCGAUCCAGAUUGUACAGAAAAAGAUUGGAAAGUUUUUUCUCACUGUAUUGAAGAUGAUACCAAUAAAGAAAGAGACAAAUGGUAUUGCAGUGAAAAACCUUUUUUUCGUCACAACGAGACGAGAUUCCUGCUUGAAAAAGUAGUCGACAGUUUAUUUUGCAUAGCCUCCGACAAUCUUCCGCCUACAUACAGUGCGACUAGUCAUUUGCGAAUUGAAAACGAAGAAUCAUUAAAAAAUGUCAUAAAAAGUAAUAAACCAUCAAAGUUUAAAUGGCUAUUGGAUAAAAAAAAGCCGAUUCAGGAGCUCAAUAUAACAAAUUCUUACAAAUAUGGCGAUAUUUUAUGGAAAAUUAACAAGAGCUCUCUGCAACCGCUUGAAUUACCACAACCUGGGUUUGGACAGUCGUGCAAUUUUAAAAAAACCAUUAAAUAUCUUGAGGACUGGGAAAGUACCUGCCAACAAACCAAUUUAAAUAACAAAAACUACUUUUUGUUUCCAAUAUACUACAGUAAUAUAACAUGUGCCACUUUACCAUCGAAAUUCAAUGCAAAGUAUUCUUUGCAGGAUUGCCCAAAAGAUGUUUGCAUUACAGCUAAUAUUUCUGUUUGUUUUAACUCAUGGGCAGUAUGUAAGAAUAAAACAGUACAAGGAUUUUGUACCGAAAAUAUUUGUUACAAUGUAGUGAAGUUCGUCAGAUUUACCAUUUAUCAUAAUGGAGUUGAUGGGUUAAAAAGUAUUCAUAUACAAUUAUUGUUGAAAAAUGUUACAACAUCUUUUAAGCAGAUAAUCGAAGUAAAAUAUAAAUGGGAAAAUUUAAAUAACGAUUUAGUCUUUGAAAGAAGUGGAAAUCCUGGUUACAUAUCUGGAAAACCAAUUCUAAUUGGAACUCAGAUAUCCAAUAAAACAAGUGACACUCAAAUUGAUUAUGUAGGGUUCAAUAAGACCUAUAAACAUUUAACUUUACCAAUAGCAGAUAAAACUGGAGUGUGCAGUAGUACAGAAAGAUACAUUGUUAAAUUUUUGGAGGAUGUAAAAUUGAAGUGUUCAAUCAAUGUGAAAACAAAUAAUUUUUCAACGGCAGCUUGCAUCAAGCUACAAAAUCUUACUUUUGAUGCUAUCAUUGGGUUCAUGAGUCAUAAAAAUUUUGAUAAACUUAAUUUUGACAAACAAUUAGUAUCAAAAUCUGGAAAUAUCACGGACAACAGUACGGAAAGUUGGACAAAAAUGUUUUUUGAAAAAAUUCCUCAGAAUGUUAUAACUGCUCAAAUGAUAGAUAAUGAAAUUCAAUGUUCUGGAUUGGUGACUUCUGUUAUGUUUGAUAUUGUGCAUUCACUAAUUUCAAAACCAGGUACAAAUAGAAAUCAUGUAAUAUUAGGCGUUGGAGUAAAAUUUUCUCAAGAAGUUGACUUGAAGUGGGCAAAAUGUAAUGGCAAAAAUUGUAUUGACACACUUCAGUUAGAUCUUAUAAGCUUCAUAUCAUUUCAUGACUUAUCAAAACCUGCUAGGUAUCAUAUAGCUGGGGGACCAAAUUUAGAUAUAAGUUUGCCAUAUGAUUUCUUUUAUCCAUUCUUAAGUCAUUCAAAAUCAAUGUCAACAAAGCUAGAAUCAAACAUUUUUCUCUUUAUAAUUUUUCUUUUGUGUCAUUUAAUGUUUUCAUAAGUAUCACAGGUGGGAGCAUGAGAAUUGACUUUUAAAAAUACUUUUUUAAUCAGAUAAG